AUGGACACCAAGGCGGUCAUCGAGCUCGUUGAUGAGCUGGAGGAAAAUCUCGAGGAUCUUGAAGAUAAUCUUGAGCCGGUCCUUAGCGGCGCUCUUUCAGCCACCACCAAAAAGCUGCCCUUGCUCGACCGCGCGAAACUCAAUGUUCUCCUUGUGUACUCGAUCGAGUCCUUGAUUUUCUCCUACCUCAAGCUUCAUGGUGUCCAAGCAAAGGAGCAUUCUGUCUUCAAGGAGUUGACCAGAGUCAAGCAGUAUUUUGAAAAGAUCAAGCGAAGCGAAGCCACACCGCAGAAUUCUCAGCCAAAUCUCUCCCUGGAUAAAGAUGCUGCUGGGAGAUUCGUCAAGCAUGCUUUGGCUGGAAAUGAAAAAUAUGAUUUGCAACGCGCCGAGCGUGAGGCCCGUGAGAAAGUCCUCGCUAACAGAAAACUGAAAGCACUCGAGUCUGCUAUGACGGCAAAAGCAGAGGCAGAUACAACCCCAGAUGCAGAUGCCGGUGCGACUGAUAUACUUGCACAAGCUGCCCAAUUAGCCUCGGUCCCAUUGGAUGAUCCAUCUUCAUUCGAGAGCCUCGCAGACAGUAACUCUAACGGCGAAGGCGAGGGACCGAAAUUACCCCAAUCGCUACAGCCACAGCCGCAGCUGCAGCAGGAUAAAAAGCGGAAAAACAGAUCUAGAAGCAAAUCUCAGAGAGCCAAAAGAAAGAGGGAAACUUAG